AUGGAGCAUGAUGUUGGAGUUAACAAAUUGCAGCAGCUUCAUCUUGGUGCAUCCAAUUCUGUAACAUCUGAACAAAUAUCCCCUCUCUUAACCAAUCAAAUAGAGGGUUCUCAAGAUAUACAACAUUUGCAGGAUACUAAUAAAGAAUUGCCCAAGUUAUUGGAUUAUGCUUCAUAUCUUAUUCAUUUGGCUGUUUUUGGUAUUCUUGGGGUAUUAACUAGAUAUACAUUGGACAAGUUAUUUGGCCCUAGUGUUGGUCAUGUAACUAGUGACCAAACUAUUCUUUAUCUCGACCUUCCUUCUAAUAUGGUUGGUUCUUUUCUGAUGGGAUGGUUUGGUGUUGUAUUCAAAGAAGACAUAUCAAAUGUGUCUGAGCAUCUGGCUGUUGCAUUGACAACUGGUUACUUAGGGAGUCUAACAACAUUUAGCGGCUGGAAUCAGAAAAUGCUCCAACUUAGUGUCACGGGAAAUUGGCUCUAUGUUGUGCUUGGUUAUCUGAUAGGGCUUUUUCUUGUAGCGUUUUCGAUUAUAUUCGGGAUAGAAACAGCUAAGGGCUUCCGGUGGUUUCUCAGAAGACGAAACACGAGCGCAAGUGAAACUAGUCGACAUAAAAUCAAAGCGAAUGUGAAAAGUUUUAAGAAUCACUUGAUAGUUAUGGUGGUGUUAUUGCUGAUUUUAGGCUUGUUAUGGUGUGUUAGUGGUGUGUUAGUGAUAUCGGAGUUCAAGAAUGAUGAAAAUUCAUUUCUGUGGAUUGGUUGCAUAGUUGGGCCUCUUGGUGUGUGGAUUAGGUGGCUUUUAGCUCCAUUGAAUAGACAUGGAUUAGGAUCAACAUGUUUCUUGAAUUGGAUUCCAUUUGGAACUCUGAUUGCAAAUGUCUCUGCUGCUUGUAUCAUGGCUGCCCUUGCUACAACAAAGAUAUAUGUGAACACCAGAGAUUGUGACACUAUCAUAAAAGGCAUACAGUUUGGUCUGUUAGGUUGUUUGAGUACAGUCUCUACCUUUGUUGCUGAAUUCAAUGAAAUGAGAGAAAGCAUGCAUCCUUGGAGAGCAUAUGUUUAUUAUGUAAUCACAAUAUGUUCCUCAUUCUUUUUAGGGAUCUUAAUAUUCUGUAUACCUAUUUGGAGAUUAGACGACAGAUUGCACAAUUUCGACAACUAG